GGCUUCUGUUCCGUGCUAAGUGUUUGUUUUGUUAAGGUAUUCUGUGAUGAUAGUAAAUUAGUAGUAUACUAAUAAUACUACUACAGUUAUGAUUAGUAUUGUCCCCAUGUGAAAGUGUUAAGAUCGAGUAUUGGGUGUCAUGAGUACAUUAUUAUUGGUUAUUGAGUGUUAUGUAAUCUUGCAAUUAGAUCACAGAUCAGAAUGUGCUGAAAUCUGAAAUGAUCUAAGUCCAAGUUUCAUUUACUCUACACGAGCAAAGCAGUCUGUUCAAAAUAAUCCCGAAAAAUAAAUGGGGCCUCAGUAAAACAUGCCUCCUGUGCCACCCCAAAAGGCCGAAUUUCCCAAAUUUGUUGACUCACUAUGGUGUGUGUACAUAGUGUCGGUGGCAGCAGCAUUCAACGCAGAAUUUGACACCCUACCGAGGAAUGAUAAAAACGGCACUUGGUAUCACAAGAGAAGAAGGCAUACGAAAACUUUGGCAAGGUGUUCACGCAGCCUUCUUCAGACAUUUAAUUUAUUCUGGAACUAGGAUCAUAACCUACAAAGCGUUAAAAGACGCUUUCAUAAAACGACAUCCUGAGCAAACAUAUUUUCCAUUGUGGCAGUCAGCAUUAUGUGGGGUAUCUGCUGGGGCAUUUGCCCAAUACCUGGCCAGUCCCACCGAUUUGCUCAAAGUACAGCUCCAGAUGGAGGGUAAACGAAGACUUUUGGGACUCCCCCCUCGAGUCAAUGGAAUCGCAGACGCUUUCCAGAAAGUUUGGUCAGCUGGUGGGAUCAGAGGAUUAUGGAAAGGAUCUGUUCCCAACGUCCAGAGAGCAGCUUUGGUUAAUUUGGGAGACCUGACAACUUACGACACUGCGAAGAGAGUCAUCAUGAGACACACUGAUUUACCGGACAAUUAUGUCUUGCAUAUUUUGGCUAGUAGUUGCGCUGGAUUCGUUGCCGCCUCCAUGGGAACACCAGCCGACGUCAUCAAAACUAGGGUUAUGAAUCAACCGUUGGAUGAAAAAGGAAGGGGCCUACUAUAUACUUCAUCUGUGGACUGUCUGCGUAAAACGAUCAAACAGGAAAGUUUGGGUGCCUUGUACAAAGGUUUCAUACCAAUUUGGAUGCGAAUGGCGCCUUGGUCUUUAACGUUUUGGUUAACCUACGAAGAAGUUGUCAAGCUAAUGGGGGCGAAGAGUUGGUAGAAAAUAUUUGAUUAGAAAAUGAUUUCGUGUAGUUUUUAUUUUUGAAAAACACUCGUUUGGAGAACAACUUUAGGUCAACCGUAUUCAUUUCUGGUAGGAUCCGUGUAUCAACACGUAUGCUUUUGGAUAUAUGUUGAAUUUGCAUCAGUAUCUUAUUGUGACAGCCUGAGUUCGGAAUUUUUUUUGGAGUAACAGUUUGUACUUAGUAAGCCUGUUUUUCUGGUUCAGUUUGAGAGGAUUUCGUAACAUUUCCAUUUCAUUCAUUAACUAUGGAUGUGAUCUUCAGUAAGAGUGAAGCCGUUUCAAACAGUUAAAUGUAAUUCAACUUAUCCAGGUGAAGUCAUGAUUUGAAUCAUUGGAGUAUUUUUACAAAUGUUUUCCAGAUUAUCAUCAACUGUCAUUUUACCAGUCUCCUCAAUGUGUGUUACAUGUGGCAGAAUACUCUUUUAAGGCUUCAAGUGAAUAUGAGUGCAAUAAAAUUGUUUUCAACUUGGUCAGGAAUAUCUAUAUAAUAUAAUGAAAGGCACAGCUUCUUCAUUGAAUUCUUCUUAAUGAUACCGAGUCAACACCAAUUUAUAUGGAGUUUGGUCACUUCACUUUUACAGAGGCCUGUAACUCACCAACGCGGGGUUUUAGGAAAUUUAGGAUAUACAGAAUAGACUUUUUCUCAACCGAUUUGCUUCCUAUUUGUAAGAGAAACAAUCCUCAGAUAAUCUGAAUAUUCACCCAGUGUGUUAUCAAUGCAAUAGAAAUUUGGGUGAACGAUAAAGUAAGUACUUUGCUCUCAUUUAUGGGUAGUCAUCAACACAAACUGAAAAAUGUAUCAUAUAUCUGUUCAAUAACCUCUGAGGCGGCAAGAUAUUUUUUAUGUUCUUAUCAAUACAUCAAUCACAAGUGGGCCUAAUGACUAUCCCUGAAGAUACCAUUCAUGAGAUUGAUACAAACUUCAUUCAUAGGAGAUAAACGAAGAUUUAAACGGCCUCUUGUUGCAAAGCUUACUUUGAAAUAAGGCAAUUGGAUGAUCUCAGAUCUCAAGAGCAAUGCAUUCACGAUUCAGUAGCAGACAGCGCAGUAUAUUGAAGAUGAUGAGGAAAUCGCACACCACUCAUAUAUAUUUAUCAUCAUAAAUUUAUAAUUAGUAAAAUAAGAAUAAAUUUACAGAAGAAAUGGAUAUUCGGCAGCUCUCCCGUCUAUCCGGCGGCCUAAAUACUAUCCGGCCAAAUGUUGGAUAACUAGCUCCUAUCCGGCCGAAUCCCGGAAUAAAAAAAUCCGGUAAUUAAUUGCUUCAUACAGUUAGUGCCAAUUGAAAAAUACAAUCAGUACUCACACAAGAAUUCUACAACUUGGAAAAUCAAUUAGUACUCGUACUUCACUAAGCGCAAAUUAAGAUGAAUGAAUACUAAUUACUCUGCAUAAGGUAGCAAGCGGUUUCGCUUGUCUUCGUUAACGAGGCCAGCUUCAGAAAAAAUCUUUGGCUGUACGCUAGACUUGAAAUGGAUAUCCGCUAACUAUCCGGAAUCCGGUCUAUCCGGCAGCCUGAAUACUAUCCGGCCGAAUACCGGGUUGAAAAAAUAUUUUUCGCUUCAUUCAGUUAGUAUCACUUGAGUUAUAUAAUCAGUAACCACACACUAAUUCUACAAGGUAGCAAGCGGUUUCGCUUGUCUUUGUAGAUCAUGUAAAUAUCCGUUUACUAUCCGGAAUCUGGUCUAUGCGGCAGUCUAAAUACUAUCCGGCGGAAUACCGGAUAACUACUGCCUAUCCAGCCGAAUACCGGAAUAAAAAAAUAUUUUUUAGGCGAUUAAUUGUCUUAUUCAGUGAGAAUCAUACACAAUCAGUAAUCACACAAUAAUUCUACAACUUGGGAUAUUAAUUAGUAUUCAUACUGCACCAAAGGCAAAUUAUAAUGAAUGAAUACUAAUUUCUCUACAUUGAGAGGUAGCAAGCGGUUUUGCUUGUCUUCGUAAAUAAGGUCAGCUUUAGGAAAAAGUAUUUUUCUGUACACUAGACAUGAAACAGAUAUCCGCUUACUAUCCGGAAUCCGGUCUAUGCGGCAGUCUAAAUACUAUCCAGCCGAAUACCGGAUAACUAGCGGCUAUCCGGCCGAAUACCGGAUAACUAGCGGCUAUCCGGCCGAAUACCGGAUAACUAGCUCAAAUCCGGCCGAAUACCGGAAUAAAAAAAAAUUUUUUAGGCGAUUAAUUGCUAUAUUUAGUGGGAAUCACACAAUCAGUAAUCACAUAAAAAUUCUACAACUUGGGAAAUUAAUUAGUAUUCAUACUGCACCAAAGGCAAAUUAUUCUGAAUAAGCAAGCGGUUUUGCUUAUCUUCGUAAAUAAGGUCAGUUUCAAGAAAAAGUAUUUUUCUGUACACUAGACAUGAAACAGGUAUCCGCUUACUAUCCGGAAUCCGGUCUAUGCGGCAGUCUAAAUAGUUUCCAGCCGAAUACCGGAUAACUAGCGGCUAUCCGGCCGAAUACCGGAUUAAAAAUUUUUUAGACGAUUAAUUGCUUUAUUCAGUGGGAAUCACACACAAUCAGUAAUCACACAAUAAUUGUACAAUUUGGGAAAUUAAUUAGUAUUCAUACUGCUCUAAGGGCAAGCUAUGGUAAAUGAAUACUAAGGUAGCAAGCGGUGUAGAAAGAUAGAUGCACUGCAAUCGAUACAAUAAGUCAAUGAAUUCGCUUCGCUAAUCAACGAAAAUAUCCGAAAUGGAACGAGUCCACUCUAUUGUUCGCGUCACCUAUGCAAUGCACCAAAUGGCAACGUUCCGCCUAUUAUUCGGCGGCCGUAUAUUCGGCUAUCCGGCUGCAAGGCUGGACGAAUAUCCGGUAUCCGGCUAAACUGUUAUCCGUUUCAUCCCAUAUCAGAACUAUUGAUUGAGAAACAUAAACUCUUUCAUGUCAAUUCAAUCUAAGGCCCCAAUGAAGUUUUUCAUGCUGUGGGCGUCUUUUUCUAUAGUUUCUUUUCGAACGGAACGAAAAUCAAAGAAUAUUGAAAUUCUUGUUUCUGCAGUGCUUGUUCAUUAAUUGUUUGAAUAAUCUUAUUUCUGAGUCAUGCAAAAUUUAUUCUGAUAUAAUGAAAAUUACAUUCCAGAUGCAUAGAUCCCUGGUGUGAUGACUUGGACCCCUUCCCCAUAUAAAAUAUUUGUCCAAAAUUCUAACCUACGGCACUUGUCAUACAGGAUCAAUACAGAAUAAUAUCAAUAAAUUUCAAGUCUUUAUUCACAGAGAUGCUGAGUAGACCAAGUGACCAAGCUUGACAACGCCAAGUUGGCACUUCAAUGUUAACAUUGGGGAGCAUUUGGGAAAGUUUUUUUUUUCACAUAAUGGUCCAUGAAUUGAAGAUCUGAAAAAAUACGCGCUACAGAUUCCGAUUCUUGCACCAUCUAUCAACAUGUGUACAAAACUGUGUCAGUCUCAUUUCUCACGCCGAGCGGUUAAAUCACCAGGGUUUCUAUGCAUCUUCGUCUUAUUCAACUGUUUUAAGCUUCACACAAAUCUGUAUCUGAGCUUUUUCAGAGAAAAUUGUUAUUAAUUUUAUCAUUUUCAUAUAGAAAUCUUUGGUGUUUUUGACUAUUCACGUUGUGUUGAACAAAAUAACGGAAAGUUUUAUUUGUAAUUCAAUUCAAUGGCCUCGAAAACUCUCAGGUUACUAAUUUGUUGAACCUCUGAUGAAGAAUAUAUCAGUUUGCUUUGAAGCCUAUUGUUUGAAACUUGAAUUAUUGGUGUAGGCGUAAAUUAGAACAGCAUUUGGCCAAACACCCAUUUGGUAGUUAUAAGGCCGAAUAGCAGACGGCCGGCAAUGUAACCGUAAGGCCGCCCAUUGGAGCCGGGUUGCGGUAACUUAACCUAACUAUUGGAGUCGGCUACCAGUUGAAUAUCCUCAGGUUAUGGGCUACUAAAAUGGAUGUGGAGGAAUUAAUAUUGUUACUAUUAGAUAUACCUCACGAAGGGCAAACACAAAAAUAAUGGAUCUAUCCGAUUAUAACAAGAAUAACGAGCAUAACAAGCUUGAGGAAGAUGGUGCCAAAUUUUUCAAUUACUAUCAAUACAUUUUGAAUUAUAUUUGUUCAUCUGUUUCAAAAUGGUCAAAUUUCAGAGAAGUUAUAGUACCGGAAGAAUGCUUAGCGAUGAUCUUGAAGUAAGUGGUAUUCAAUAAUAACUCAUUAAGUUUGAACAAAACAUUUUUAUUUUAACUAUUUCUUAACGUCAAAUUGUAAAUUUUCAAAAAGAUUAUGGCAUCAUGGAGGUGGAAUAAUAUUGAUUUUUGUUGUAAUUAAUACCUGUCAAUAAUUUGCAAUUAAUGUAAAAUCAUUCAUCAACUUAUCUUACGCAUCCAUUUCCUCUGUAGCUCUUGCCCAUAGUUUUUUGUACAUCACGACGGUGGUAAUAAUUACUUUUCAUGUCCAUCUUGAAGACCUAGAAACUCUCAGAAAAUAUUUCAAAAAGGGUGGACAUGAGUUCUUUAUAAUAACUACACUUGUUAGACAGUUCGACCGAAUAGAACCGAGAAAUUCCAUUUCAAUCGGAUUGGACCGGCGGACGGCCGAUAACGGCCGAACAGUAGUGUCUAGUGGACGAGCUCCAAUGGUUCGAAACUGGAUCGUUCAGCUGUCCCUUCGGCCGUACACGGGUCCCAUCGGCCGGAUGCGGUUCCAAUGGACGGCUAGCGUUGUGCUUCUUGAACAGGGUAUAGAUGUGUGAUUAUCUAAUACUUAUGCAAGGCUGUAAUUGAUCUCUGAUUUACAAGGAAACUUAUCGUGAAUGAAAAAAUAUGUGGAAAGUUUUCACUCGUAUUGGAUGUUUCUAUUAGUGUGCAUAUCAUAUUCUUUAAUUUCAUCAUCCUCAUGUAUUUUGUGUUUCUUUAUCGAAGAUAUCUCGCAAAUUUGAAACAGGCGAUCAAUGAUAGGAAUUAGAACAAGUAGUGGAAUCACUUAUAGUAUUCGUCAGUGUUGCAAUGGCAAAAAAUAUCCCAAAAAAUUGUCAUUGUAGCUUGUCUUGUUAGAAUAAAAACCAAUUUUUUUAGUUUCCUUUUCAUGACAGUGGAACGUUUAUCUUGAAUUCAAUUUAUCUGAUGGUAUAUUAUCAACGAAUGAAUAUUUUGUUUUAUAGAGAACAAAACCAAAAUAUAUCUCUGAACUGCC